AUGGUAAUCAAUGAGAAGUUAUUAAAGUACGAUGGCAAACCAAAAGUUGACAAAGCAACGUAUCGAUGCUCGGUCGAUUCUCUCAUUUAUCUCACACAUACAAGACCAGAUAUAGUUAACGCUGUCAGCAUCGUAUCCAGGUUCAUGAGUAAACCGAGCAAGGAUCAUUUAAUAGCAACAAAGAGGAUUCUUAGAUACAUUAAGAAAACGAAGAGUUAUGGGAUCAUGUACGAGACUAAAAAAGAUUUCAAACUCACAGAAUACACCGAUAACGACUGGGCUGGAAGCUUGGAUGAUAGAAAAACACAAGCGGGUACGUAUUUCAACUUGGAACCAAGGUGGUCUCAUGGUCAUCAAAAAAGCAGGCAACGACAGCUUUAUCAUCAGCAAAAGCACAGUACAUUGCAGCCACAAGUGCAACAUGUGAAGCAUUCUGGCUUAGAAGGAUAUUGA